GUAAACGCCCCUAUAAAAAUAGAUCGCAGUAGACUAUGUCAUGUCACCGGCAAUCUAACAUCUCGCGACAAGUUGUCAUAAAAGCGAAAACAAGCCAACUGUGAUCACUUUGUUUACGCCAGGCAAACCAUGCUGAUUCCGUGGGUCAUCAUCGGCAUCUGGCUAGCUCGGCCUACUCCGAUCAGCUCGUUCGUCAUCGAGGUUCAGAUGGACCGUAUCGAACAAAUCGGCGGUGAGCACCUGCUUGAUCUUUCCGGCAUACGCGUCCGGAAGUACAAUCGAACUCUGUCCGUGAUCAACGGAACGUACUCCAUCGUGCGGGAUUUGGACGAGUCGUUGGCGUUCACCGUAACCGUGGCCCGGAGUGCCCUCGGGAACAAUCAGUUCAACGAGUACCCGAUGAAGAUCCCCCGUAAGGACGGUUGUCGGAUCUUCCUGGAGGAUUACUCCGAGUAUCAGCACGUUUGGGCCAACACUACCAACUUGCCCCAGGUGGAUAAGGAGGCGCCGCCAGCGUUGUGUGCCCUUCCCAAGGGGGACUACUGGGUGAAGGACUUUGCACCGGAUGCGUCCUGGGUGCCGCCGGUGGUUCCUGAAGGGUUCUGGCGCAUGACCUGGCACAUGUACAGCGCGGUGACGGACGAGCUCGAGGGGCAGGUGCGAUUGUUCAUUCGUGUCAAGAAAGAUAUUUUCUGAAGGAGGGUCCAGUGACCAAAGAUGGGUCUAAUAAAG